CCGAACUAAUCAAAAACAGAAGACCAAUUACACUGGCUAACUGUAUAUAUAAAAUCCACUCAAAACUAAUAAACAAUAGAAUAAUCCCAAUACUAACGAAAGUGAUCAACCACAAUCAAAAAGGUUUCGUACCAGGCAGAUUCAUUAUAGAUAAUAUCAUAUCAAUGAACGAAUUAAUCAACUAUUGUAAUGAUAAAAGAAUUAACGGAAUAAUUACACUAUAUGAUUUCGAAAAAGCUUUUGACUCGAUUUCACACGGUUCAAUACUCAGAUCACUACAACACAUCAACAUUCCAACCAAUAUAAUCAACCUGAUAAUGAAUCUACUCACCAAAUCUGAAGCAAGAAUUGAAAUUAAUGGUAGAACUACUAUACCCUUUGAGAUCAAAAGAGGAGUCAAACAAGGAGAUCCACUAUCACCCACCCUGUUCGUCCUUGUAAUAGAGGCUUUAGCUAGAAAAAUUUUACAAGAUGACCGAAUUACUGGCCUUCCUCUAAACAACAGCGACCACAGAGAGAAAUUCCAAAGCUUUGCAGACGACUCGGCUUCAAUGGUCCCAGACUCUCAACAACUUGAAUUAGUACUACAACACUUCAAUUCAUUUUGCAAAGCCACUUCCUCAAAACUAAACAUCGACAAAUCUUCAUCAAUUCUUAUAGGCAACCCAGACAAUACCAACCAAAGAAUACCAAUAUCUACAAAUCCAGAAAGAUACUUGGGAUACUUCUUCACAGGCAAAGGGAUAACAAGAAAAAUACCAGAAAUAUUAAACACAAUAAGAUCAUCCUUAGUACUAUGGAAAACCACUGACUCAACAAUCAAAACCAAAACCAACAUCCUCAAAGCAUUCGCACUCUCUAAAUUAACCUACUAUUCAUAUGUAGAGAACUUUAAGGAAGAGGAAUUAAACCAAAUCAAUAAAUUAGUCGAAUGGUUUUUAUCGGCACCAAACAACAAAAAUGCUAGUGGAUUUCAAGUUAUUAAUUUAAUGAGAACCAAAAGAGCAAGAUACCCACUAAAAGUAGGGGGCUGGAACAUUUGGAAUAUAGAAUUGAGACAACUGGCGCAGAAACUUUGGAUCAUAAACCAGUUCAUCCUAGCACUAGAAACCAAACAAACAAACUCAUCUCAUCACAAAAGCUGGGAAUAUCAGAUCCAAAAAAACAAAUUCACAUCCAGAUACCUAAAAGAAAACUUAGAUGAAUGGAACAAAAUAAGAAUAAAAAAAGCAAUCUUCAACAAUAAUCUCACAUCCAUAAAAAACGAAAAUGGACAACCACUUUCACUGGCAGAAUGGUAUACCACAAUUCAAGACCAAAAUCCAACCAUCCCUAAAACGGAAUUCCAAUCAUCUCUAAACUUAAGAGGCUACAGCUAUAAUCAACUCUUCAACAACAUACUGAAGAUAAAAGACCCUAAAACAAGAGACACAAUGUUUAGAUUCCAUGCCAGAUGCCUUCCAAUAAACUACCUUCACAACAAACAAUGCCCACUCUGCAAAGAAGAUAUGAGCAAAGACCCAUACGGUCACCUGUUCUUCUCAUGCAAGAAAACAAAACAAUUCAUAAAAAUAAAUAAACUCAAAAAUUUCAUCUAUAUUACCACAGGCAAAGGUAAAAACUGGCACCAUACAAGAAUUAGGCAAAAUAACAAUUUCAUUAAUAGAAUAACUCCAAAAUUAUCACCGACAGCCAAAAAAGAUCAAGAAGUGAAUGCAGAUUACGCCAACCACAGAUUCCACAAAGAAUACUUUGAAUGGAACUAUAAAGCAAUAGACUAUGAUCUAACCAGAUCAUUCGCAUAUAGAAACCUAAUGGCCCUUAUCCUCCACAACAUUUGGAUUUGGAUUUGCAAUCAAAUAUACAGUGAAGAUCCUUUAACAGAUGAAUCACUAUCAUACAGCUCCCUUCUAAAGAAAUGGCACAAAUUGGCCACUCUAGAAUACAUCAAAAAAGCAAAAGAUCUGAAAAACUUAUCAGCAAAAGACCAUAAUAACUUCAAAGAUCCUAAGAUCCUUCUCACUUCAACGAUCAAGCUAAGAAAAACAACAGCUAAUUACUAUUGUAUUCCAGAAUCAUCUCUCCCAAAUAUUAUAUCUUUUGAUCAAUUCAUAUGA